CGGCUGGUGGAAUGAGAACCGUGUGAGUUGUGUGUGCUCCACGUUCCAUAACUUCGACUCGCUGAACCGGCAGUCAACCCAUAACUUCGACUCGCUGAACCGGCAGUCAACCACUGUGUGACACCGCUGGUGUUUGAGCAUCAGAACUCAUCAUCGUGACUGCAUCCAGAAAGCCGAAGAUGCUAAUCACACUCUCCGGGGCCGGGGCCUCCUGGCUUCUGCCUUCACUGCUUGCCGUAGGGGCAGGAAAGACUAUUGCGGGGGGGACCGCGGCCACGUUGCCUUAUUUCACGAGUGCUGGGACGGUCGCUACCGCAGCUCCUGCAGUGAGCGCUCCAAGUGCUUCUGCUCUUGGCGGCAGCGCUGUCCCACUUGCUGCAGGAGCAGCAAGCAUACCUGGUACAGCUUCCUUGCUGACCAAAGGUCUCGGGAUUUCUUUUGCGGCAGGGAGCACAGCUGGAGCGUCUACAGCUGCAACCAAGAUCGCAGGCGGGACGAAAGGUGCUUGUCUUGUUGGAGCUGCCACCACAUCUGGCGGUUCCGCGGCAUAUGUCGAACCCUCUCUGCCACUUGUCGUUCCUGGACCUCCAGAUGUAGCUGGAGCAGUGUGUAACUUAAUGGCGGACAAGAUUGGUACGGGUCUAUCGAAAGCCGUCGAUGCUCGGUAUGUACUGCCGCCCACUGGCAAAAAAGGCCUUCUCAUGAUGUGCGGAGGCUUCUUCCGGGAGCAGCCUGUGUUUUCCAGCCUUGUUACUAAGGAUGAGACAGUGUGCGAAGAGACGGCAGAAUGUUGAGGCGCAGUCAGAAGAGGCGCA